ACAGAAAACAACAUUAUGACUGGUCAAGAAAUUUUCCAACCAAAUCCCCCUCCUGAUCCUUCUCAACUCGACGAUGGCAUACUUCAGUACAGCGUCAAGCUGGAUACCACCAACUACCUCCCCAAAGAAGAACUCGACUCAAUUCAGCUCUUCAGGCGUGCAGCAGAUUAUAUAGCAGCUGCGAUGAUAUUCUUGAAGAGCGAUGUUCUCCUCGAAAGGGCUCUCACCUUCGAUGAUAUCAAACCUCGGCUUCUCGGCCAUUGGGGAACGUGCCCAGGUCUGGCUAUGGUAUACGCUCAUCUCAACAGAAUCAUUCGGAAGACUGGUUUGGAUGCUCUAUAUGUCGUUGGUCCAGGACACGGAGCGCCUGCAAUUCUUUCAUGCCUUUGGCUUGAAGACUCCCUUUCCAACUUCCUUCCCGAAUAUACCCGUAAUCGGCAAGGUCUCCAGAAGCUGAUUGCUGGCUUUAGUGUACCGGGUGGAUUCCCAAGUCACAUCAACGCGGAAACUCCUGGAGCUAUUCAUGAAGGUGGUGAACUCGGAUAUGCUUUGAGCGUCUCUUUUGGAGCGGUUAUGGAUAAGCCCGAUUUGGUCGUCGCGUGUGUCGUCGGUGACGGUGAAGCCGAGACUGGUCCGACCGCCACUGCAUGGCAUGGCUUCAAGUACAUUGAUCCUGUAGAGUCAGGAGCGGUCCUUCCUAUUGUUCAUGUCAAUGGUUUCAAGAUCUCCGAAAGGACGAUUUACGGAACUAUGGAUAACAAGGAAAUCACUGCCCUCUUCACGGGAUACGGUUACCAAUGCAGAAUCGUCCAGGACCUCGAUAAUAUCGACAAUGAUCUCGCCGCUUCGAUGGACUGGGCUCUAGCCGAGAUCAAGAACAUUCAAACCACAGCUCGUUCUGGGAACCCGAUCGUAAAGCCACGAUGGCCUGUUAUUAUUCUUCGUACACCGAAGGGUUGGCAUGGACCCAAGGAAUUCCACGGCGAAGCAAUCGAAGGGUCAUUUCACUCUCAUCAGGUCCCGCUUCCAGGAGCCAAAUCGGACGGUGAAGAACUGUCUGUUCUUCAAUCCUGGCUCAAGAGGUACAAACCUGAAGAGUUAUUCGACGACCAGGGUAGCCCUUGUGAGGGGAUUUUGAAUUGUAUUCCGGAGGAACGUACGAGGAAAUUAGGACAGAAACCGGAAAGCUACAAGGGAUACCAACCACUAGAGCUCCCCGAUUGGCGCGACCUGUCUGUCGAGAAGGGAACUCAAGAAAGUUGUAUGACGACGAUCGGGAAGUUAUUGAAAGAAGUUAUCAAAUCGAAUCCGAGAACUUUCAGAAUCUUCUCACCCGAUGAGCUAGUUUCUAAUAAGUUGGGCGCUACCCUCGAAGUUACGGGCAGGAACUUCCAAUGGGAUGUUGCUUCUCGCAAUCAAGGGGGACGCGUCAUUGAGAUUCUCUCUGAACAUACAUGCCAGGGUAUGCUGCAGGGAUACACACUAACGGGUAGAACUGGCCUGUUCCCGAGCUACGAGGCCUUCUUGGGUAUCAUUCAUACGAUGAUGGUUCAGUACGCUAAGUUUACGAAAAUGGCAUCGGAAACGAGGUGGCGGCAGGAUAUAGCUUCUCUCAAUUAUCUGGAAACUUCAACCUGGACUAGGCAGGAACACAAUGGGUUUUCUCACCAAAAUCCGUCAUUCAUUGGUGCAGUUCUCAACUUAAAGGCCAGCUCGGCCCGGGUGUACCUUCCACCGGAUGCCAACUGUUUCUUAUCGACUAUUGCCCAUUGCCUUCGAGCCAAGAAUUAUGUUAACCUGAUGGUCGGAAGCAAACAACCCACGCCUAUCUGGCUUUCAAAGGAAGAGGCAGAAAUGCACUGUAUCGCUGGGGCAUCUGUUUGGAAAUUUGCCAGCGUUGACGAUGGCGUGCAUCCCGAUGUUGUUCUGGUUGGCAUCGGCGUCGAAGUCACGUUCGAAGUCAUCGCAGCUGCAGCACUCCUGCGUAGACUAGCCCCAGAUCUUCGUGUUCGUGUCGUCAAUGUCACUGAUUUGAUGAUCUUGGGCGCACCCGGUACACAUCCUCAUUCGUUGACGGAUGACGCAUACGGGACGUUGUUUACGACUGAUAAGCCGACCCAUUUCAACUACCAUGGUUAUCCCAUCGAGCUGAAAGGGUUGUUGUUUGGGAGGCCGGGAUUGGGUAGGGUAACUAUUGAAGGCUAUAACGAGGAAGGAACGACGACUAGCCCGUUUGACAUGAUGCUCUGCAACAGAACAUCGAGGUAUCAUGUUGCAGCAUCGGCUGUACGGAAUGGCGCCUUGAAUAAUCCCAGAGUAGCAGUAUACGCGCAUCAAGUAGAGAGUUAUUUUAAGCACCAGGCGCAGAAAGACAAGGAUUAUAUUCUUGCGCAUGGACAAGAUCCUGUUGAUACGUACAAGACGCCGGAAUUCAAGUAGUGGCAAUGCAAUCUUUUGGAUUGAAGGAAGGAAGGAACUCUCACGAGGCUCCUCGCAGUUAUACUUUCUUGUUGUACUAAGGGACAUUUGUUUGUUUAACUCCGUAUUUGCCAUAGAUAUUCGAUGCAAUACAUCUGGUCAAACUUGUUUGUAAAGAGCUUCGCCAUUAAGAGGUGUCCACCACCCUGACACCAGUCACUCG